UAAAAAAAGAAAAAAAGGGGAAAAAUCAAGUGAGCGAGAGGAGAGGAAAGGAAAGAAAGAAUAGAAUGACGACGCCCAUACCCAUACCCUUGAGGCUUUUUCUGCCCUUCACCGCCGCCACCGCCACUUCGGCCUCUGCCACCGCCACUUCGGCCUCCGCCACCGCCACCGCCACCGCCAUUACAGCUUUUGAAAAUAAAUUUGCAUCCAGGAUUUCCUUCAAAUCCUGUCCCCCACUUUUCCCUAAUUUCGUCGUCUCCUCCUCAACGAACUCGCCUCAUCUCUCCCGACGGACGUGGCUUUGCGGACACAAGAGAAGAGACAAUAGAGACAGGGAUAGACAAGUCGACGGCAGGACCUUUGCAGAGAAAAACGAUGCCCGUAUGUUUGGUUCUGAUGAAGACGUCGGCACCCAAAUCCCAACCCAAGCUCAAUCACUUGUUCAAGGAUCAGGGGCAGUCUUGGUAUCUGAGUUUAAACCUGUUCCCGAUGUCGAUUAUCUACAGGAAUUAUUAGCCAUUCAGCAGCAAGGACCUAGAGCUAUUGGCUUUUUUGGCACGCGCAACAUGGGAUUCAUGCACCAACAACUUAUCGAGAUUCUUAGCUAUGCAAUGGUUAUCACUAAAAACCACAUAUAUACAUCAGGAGCAUCUGGUACUAAUGCAGCUGUUAUCCGGGGUGCUUUAAGAGCAGAAAAACCAGAGCUUCUUACAGUAAUCUUGCCUCAGAGCUUGAAAAAGCAACCACCUGAGAGCCAGGAAUUGCUGUCAAAAGUGAAGAAUGUGAUAGAGAAGCCUCACAAUGAUCAUCUACCCUUGAUCGAAGCCAGCAGACUAUGCAACAUGGACAUCAUUUCACAUGUACAGCAAGUCAUUUGCUUUGCCUUUCACGAUAGUAAAUUGCUCAUGGAAACUUGUCAAGAGGCCCAGAAUCUCCGGAAGAUUGUGACUCUUUUUUACCUUGAUUGAUACAAAUAAUUCUUUCUGUGCAUACAUUUAGAAGAGGGGCUUAUUUUUGUCUGUAAAUUACAAGGAUUGAGGACAACUUGGAUGAUGAAUUUUGUACAUCUUAUCUUAAUGGCGAAGAAGGAGGCCACCAAUUGCUCCCACUCCCUUCGUUGUCGAAAUGGACAUGCGUCAUCUCCUCUCCUCAAUGAGCACUUGCAAGGUUUUUCCGAGCACAUAAUUGUAAUUUUCUUUUUUACCAAAAGGACGGGGUAAAAAAAUCCUCCUCAUGUUUAGAAUUAGGGGUAAAACUUUUAGUUGACCAAUCCAUUUUUUAGAAGAUACAAAGCACCCAUUUUUAAAACGAUCAUUUU